CUCACCGCCUGACUUGGGCUGUCGGACGCCGUUUCUCAACUGUCUGCGGCGACACAGGAAAUAGCUGAGGACUGCAACUCGAGAUGGCACAACAAGAAACAGGCACAGUUUUUGUCCCAAGCAAGAAGCUCUCGACUUCACGAACGCUCGUAGCCUCAGCAUCGAGAUCAUCCCGAUGUCAUCGAUCCUGAUGCCAUCGACUCGACGGAUGUGGGCAUAUAUUCUGGACAGGCUUGGCGAGAAACAAUCGACAAAGUUCUCCUCUCGUCUUGAUGACCGCAGUGGCGCAUCGCAACGCUGCCAAUACGCCGUGUGCCAGGCUUCGAUGUUAUACAUCUUACACGAUGCGGCCUAACGAGACAGGGAUCGGCCUCGUUGGAGACCGGUACACUGCAUCAAAAGGCAACUUUGUGUGGCUCUACACUACACAAUACACCACACCUUUCGCCCGACCUUGUGCGGGCCGCCUACCAUGCGUUCUAGGUAGCCUGCCUCGAUUUUGCCCUUGGUCAUUUUACCUGUAAGCGGAAUGCCGCAAUCUGCUUGUCUCCCUAGCAUCUUGGAAAUGCAGAUUCCCGCAACACUAACGCCAUUUGUUGUGUUGUCUCCGUGUGCUCUCACAUAUCGUGCACUCCAUCAGGCCACCUGACGCGAGAGAGCAAGAUGCCAUCGCCUCAUUGGGGAAAACUCAUGCUGAGGGAACAACGCCGAUUGAGAAAGACAGUGCAUAUAACUACUGCGCCUUACUCCUGCCUUGUCUGCCCGUUAUUGGGCUCCCUCAUCUUUCUACUCGGGGCAUACUGCAAUCCCCCCUGCGCCAACAGCCCAAUCGCUGUUAUACCCUUGAGCUGUUUGUCUCGUACACCGAUCCGAUUUGUCUCUCCAAAGGCUCGCACUGCUCGGCAGACGGCAUAGUCUGAGCCAUUCAUGACUACAUCGGCGGCCGAGAAGGCUGCAGGAUCAAGCCUGAACACCACAAACAGGAUUCUGCCGAGAGACACCAUAGACCGCCCGUCCGAGUCGGACGAGGAGGUCUCACUACUGGCUUAUGGGCGUGUCGCUGGGGAGCACAGAUGGAAAGAUCAAAAGGGAGGCCACGGGCACGGAAGCCUUUCGGAUAGGCAGCAAGAGCAAAAGCGUCAAGGUCCAAACACUACUCCGGCUAUGGAAUCGUUCAUCUCGGGAUCUCGCGACAGUUUUGGCAACCUACCUCCAAAGGUAGUGGAAGAGUUGAAGAAGAUGAUCAAGGAAGAGGUCGCCCAAGCCGCUCAGGCAGUCCAGCUGAAAGACCACGAGACCGAGACACCUAUCAAUGCUACACGGCUCUCCUCGUUUUCCAGCCAAAACUCUGUCUUUACGCCACCGUAUCCCAGUCCGACGUCCUCAGUCAUAGAACCUCUGGGUAUGCCCAAGGUAUCCUCGCCCAAGGACCGAAUUCCGGGAGACGCCACGCAUGUGAAGGCGGCACCGGCAGCACAAUACCAAACUCCGUCCCUUAGUCCGGUCUCUCUUCCGGCGUCUCAGUCCAUCUCAUCCAUCAGCCCUGAACAGAAAGCCGUCCAUUUCCGGAGCAGUGGUCCGCCAGUCAUUCACUGCCAGCCUCGUGUAGACUCGGAGUCGGAAUCCGUCUCGCCUACCAACCCUGUUGCCGCGCCGCGGGUCGAGCUGAGCAGUGUCGACAAAGCUUGGGGGAUGCUGUUUGACUCCGAGGGUUAUCCUACGCAACGUCUCAACUCUGUACUCCGGGGCCUGGCGAUCUUCAUGAUUACCGAGUUUGGACCCCCAGAGACCUUGGUUGUCACCCCUGACAAAAUGCUUUCUCUGUAUUCAAAGUACAGGAUCGAGCCUGAGAAGUUUGAGUAUGAAGUGAUCUUCAGAUCACGUUCCGACGACGCGCUGAAGCGGAUCGAGUUCCUAUACCAGGAUUUGGACUGUCAAUAUCACCUCAUCCAAGCUGCACCCAGAUCCCAUCCCAACGUUCCGGGUCUGACCCCCGUCGGCUUCGCCAAGUGGAUGAUCAGCAACAUACUCGCGUAUCCCGAUCCGGAAGCCAGGCGUCUACACGCCGUCAUGUCCGCCCUGCCCGUCAACGCCGACGGACCUCUACUCGACGGCAAGCCCGAGAGGCUACCCAGACAGUUCUCCCGCCACCUCUUUCCAGAGUCCCACGACAGAAAGCUCCGCAGGAUCCUCGAUGAGGCGGUGUGGGAUUGUCUCGAGGACGUUGCGCCGCCCCUACCGUCCAUUCCAAGAACCAGGCCCUUGGAGGCGAACACGCACACCCGGCGGUCCGGCGAUGAUUCAAGGCGUCCCACUCCCAUGCCCCACCGCAAGACAUACGACCGCGGAAGCUACCGCGUCGAGCCGCACCCCGCGAGGCUCUCCCGGGCCAACUCGGACGCGGGCGCCUCGCUGCCGAGACACCGCGACCUCCCUCCCCCGCCGAUGGGACGGUACUCGGAUCCCCCGAGACAACGCAGCCCAGCCCCGGUCAAUCGGUACAGCGCCUCGCUUCCAACCAUUUCGCAGCACCACCACCACGCCGGGUCUCCGUUGUCGCCAUCGUCGUCGUCUCAGCUCACCCCCGCGUACAUCCGAGGAAGCGAGGCCAACUACGGCGUGUACCCUGGCCGAGACGGUCGCGGCCAGGGUUUGAUGGACGAGUCGCCGCGGUCGUCGGGUCUCGGUAGACGUGGCGGCGCCGGCUCGGGGCUCGACCGGGGCCCGACGUGGGAGGACGUGUACAGUCGUAAGGAGUCCUCCUCCGGCGGGCGGGUGUCGUCUACCGACGCAGCAUCGCAUCGGUCGUCUCGUUGA